CACAAUGCCAGGCGGGGGAGCCCCUUUCUCAGCAACACAGCACAGCAUCACCGCCUCGCCUCGCUGAGAAAAAGGACAGGCAGGAGAGAAAUGCAAAGGGAUGUAAGAUGGCAGAGCUACAAAUGCUAUUAGAGGAGGAAAUCCCUGCCGGUAAAAGAGCGCUUGUGGAAAGCUACCAGAACCUGUCCCGGGUAGCGGAAUACUGUGAAAACAAUUAUGUUCAGGCUCAAGACAAGAAGAAGGCCCUGGAGGAGACCAAAGCCUACACCACUCAGUCUCUGGCCAGCGUGGCCUACCAGAUCAAUGCCUUAGCAAACAAUGUGCUGCAGCUGCUGGAUAUUCAAGCCUCGCAACUACGACGCAUGGAAUCGUCCAUCAACCACAUCUCCCAGACAGUGGACAUCCAUAAGGAGAAGGUGGCCCGCCGAGAAAUCGGCAUCCUGACCACAAACAAAAACACCUCUCGUACCCACAAGAUCAUAGCUCCGGGCAACAUGGAGCGGCCGGUGCGCUACAUUCGAAAGCCUAUCGACUACACGCUGCUGGAUGAUGUAGGACACGGCGUCAAGUGGCUUAAGGCCAAGCAACAUGGGAACAAUGCGGCGGGACGAGGGGGGACCCUUUCAAGGACCAACCCACCUUCACAGAAGCCUCCAAGCCCUCCCAUGGCUGGUCGUGGUACCCUUGGACGUAACACUCCCUACAAAACACUGGAGCCUGUGAAGCCCCCAGUGGUGCCAAAUGACUACAUGACGAGCCCGGCCCGACUCGGGAGCCAGCACAGCCCCGCGCGCACAGCGUCUCUCAAUCAGAGACCCAGGACACACAGUGGCAGCAGUGGUGGCAGUGGUGGGAGGGAGAACAGUGGAGGCAGUGGAGUCGGUGUCCCUCUAGCAGUUCCCACACCCUCUCCUCCCAGUAUGGGGCAAGUGUCUGUGGCUCCUCCGCCUCCUCCUCCUGUGGUCCAGCUGACCCCACAGAUCCCCCUGACCGGCUUCGUGGCCAGAAUGCAGGAGAGCAUAACAGACAGCCCAGCCCCACCUCCUCCACCUCCCCCAGAGGACAUUAGUGUCUUUGAAGAGCCAGCUCCCCCUCCUCCGCCUCCACCUGUAGACUACGAGGAAGAGGAGGCCGCAGUGGUUCACUACAACGAUCCCUACGCUGACGGAGACCCCCAGUGGGCUCCCAAGAAUUACUUAGAGAAAGUUGUGGCCAUUUACGACUACUCCAAGGACAAGGAGGACGAGCUGUCCUUCAUGGAAGGGGCCAUCAUCUACAUAAUCAAGAAGAACGACGAUGGCUGGUUCGAAGGCGUCUGCAACGGCGUCACUGGACUCUUCCCUGGAAACUAUGUUGAGUCGAUCAUGCACUAUGCCGACUAAAGAAAACAAACAAAAAAAACCCACACGUGAUGGCGCUGCAGAGGUAAUCCGUGAAGAUGUACAGACGUAUGCGGCGCAGCGAUAGCAGUUCAUACAGUUUUGAAUGAAGUGCCAUGGUGAAUUAAUAAGUAGUUUUCUUCUUUUGUGGGGAGAGGAAAGGGUUUGAUCUGCCCUAUUAAAAAAAUAAAUACGUAAAUAAGAUGCCGCACAAAGUAGGAGGGCGUUGAAGCUUUGCAAGACCUGUGUCUGGAAGUAAAGGCCUUUUUUUUCCACCACUGUCACAUGGUAGGGCUCAUCAAACAGCAACAUUUUGCCUCACGACAAAAUAACGUACAUCAGUAACAACUUCAGUGGAUACAGAGUAAAUCUAGAUGUAGUGUUGCUUUUUCCCGAGUAUGCAGUAGAUCCAGAAAGUGACGCACUGCUACAGUUUUACCGAGACAGUGUAACCGCUUUACGGUAAAGUGCUGCACACUUUUUCCUUCUCGUUUAUUUGUACUGUAGACCAUCAGACCAGCUCUUUCCUUCCUUUUGAAAAACAACGAUCUUACAUUAUCAGAGACCUAAAAAGGACAAACGAACGUCAUCAAGUGCAUUAGGACACAGCUGAAUGUGCCGUUGACGUCCAAAUCACACAAGGUGUUUAAAAAUAUAUAUUAAGGAGGAUAAUGGCCAGAUGGAGCUGUGUAUUCAGUAUGCUCUCUACUGUUACAAAAAGGGGGUGGGGGUUGAAGUGAGUGUACAGAUUGAUCGCAAAAAAAAGAAAAGAGUUUCUUCUUUCUGAUGGAGUCUCUUUCUGUUCUCUAACUUGUAUAUAAACUGUAAUGUGAGAAGCUGCCAGUACAGUACAUUUGUCAGUGUGUUUCACCAGUGUUUCCAUCAGCGUCAGUGGGUGGGGGGAAGGGUGUGGUGCCAAGAGUGGAUGUUUUGAGAAUUUUUUACUUUACUUUUUACUUUAUUUUUACUUGAAAAUUAAUUUUAUUCAUCACCCACAGUGCCAUUUUAACGUGAUUCAGGCAAAGUGGUUGUGUACAGGCAUUUAUUUUUCUACGUUAGGUCACAACUAUAUCGUCUUGAUCGCCAUCACUGUAUUUGUCGAUGCUGUCCAGCUACUGUAGCAGAGCGCUCACGUGCUUGCUGCUUCGUGACGCGAAGCAGAGGAAGGACUAAAGUCGUGUGGCUUUUUUGUUUUUUUCAUGUUGUUUCCAUUGUGCACUGAUUAGUUAGCGGUAACUGUGAUGACUUUUAUUUCCAUCAUGGCUUUUAUCACAAACACAAGCGUUGCCAUCUCCAAAGUAUCAACUAACCUUUAGUUUGUUCUUUCAGUGGUUGCUGGUGCGGUGCUUUACAUUGGUGCUUAAUAACCAUAAUCACCAACCCAAACAACCUCAAGUCCAAGACUCCUCCCACACAGAAAUGUAACAAAGGACUUUUAGUGUCGUUAUCGAUCGUUUUGAUUGUAAUCCUCGGCCACUUUUGUGUUUGUAGUGAAUGUAGGUGACUCGGCGAUGGUGAUGUGCUUUAGCCGGAGUCG